AUGGAAAAAUAUUUUUUUUUUGGAAUCUCAGGAAAAAUAGAAAAGCAAAUAACCAACCGAAAGAAAGGAGUAAACGGGAAAAAUAUAAGUUGGUUAAACACAAGGGAUAUAAGAAUAGUAAAAGAAGCACCAUUCUUAAUUUACACGAAAGGAAAUUUCAACGAUGAUGCAUUUGUUGAGGUUGAUAUAUCCAAAAGAACCCGUGGUCGUCCAGACAACUUCUUUACUCAGUCCGACAUAAAUGCUCUCUGGCCUAAUGGAAAACCAAUUGCCGGAGAAAAUUUAAGGGACCUAAAAUCGAUUUGGCAUUUAAUAUCUAAAGAUUAUCUAGAAUUUUAUUCGGGUCUUUACGCAGACGGUACUGUUGAAGACGAUCUGGGCUGCUAUUUUCUAACUUAUGCGAAAAUAUUCGUAUUCGAGUACUCUUAUACGAAUUUUUUUCGUAUGAAAAAUGUUUUUGGUAUUUUGGAUGCCAUGCGAUAA